AUGACCCGUGUAUUACGACGACAGAAUCAGAAUGUCGAACCUCGUCCCAAGAAGGCGAAGGUCCAGAAGCCGGACAAAUCUGAGGGGUCACACAAAAUUACGGAGUUCUUUCCAGUCCGGAAAAGCAACAGGAUCACCGGGAAAGCAUUGCAGGUAAUACUUUAUAUUAUUUAUGUGUCAUUCUUUAGUAAACGAGACUUCUCGUCUUCCUGUGUUUUUUAUUACCCAAAACAUUGAUAAGGAGUCUGUGUUUACAAUAUUUAACUGUCGACUGUUUCAGCGAGAGAAUAUGAGGCAAUUGGAAGAGAUGGUGAUGACCGGAGCCAACGAACAAUACCUCCAAGUGUCCAUCUGUGGCGAAAAAGGACGUGGGUUGAUCGCGAUGAGGCCGUUUGUUAGAGGGGAGUUCGUAGUGGAGUAUAAAGGUCAGUUUUGAAUAAUAGUUAUUUUUGGCUCACGGAUAAUCUAUUUUUAUAUCGGAGCAUGUUUCUUUCGAUUAAUGUUAAUUUAUUCUGUUUCUAGGUGACCUAGUCGACUAUCAAGAAGCCGUUCGAAGGGAAGUGGAGUAUGCCAAGGACCCAAGUAUAGGAUCGUACAUGUAUUUCUUCAAAUACCAAGAGAGGCGGAUGUGUGUGGAUGCGACGGCCGAGACCCCAUACAAAGGAAGGCUUCUGAAUCACUCCGUUCUGUUCCCUAAUUUGAGACCGAAAGUCCUGGACUUUGGCCAUUUCAUCUGUGUGGGAUUGUUCGCGAUGAGGGACAUUGAAGUUGGAGAAGAACUACUCUAUGAUUAUGGGGACAGGACUCGAUGCACGGUGGAGAAGAACCCUUGGCUUCUGAACUCGUGA